UGUAGGUCCACGCCCAGGAUCUGAAUCUGAGAACCCUGAGCCCCCAAAGCAAAGUGUGGAAACUUAACCACUGGGCUGGCCUCUCUCAAAAUUUUUGAAACACUAUUAUUGUGCAAUAGGGAAACUCAGGAGAGUGAAGAUUAUGUUACUCAGGAACCAUUGUGUGAUCAUUAGAGUUCUCAGCUUGGAAUCUGUGGCUUUCUAUAUGUUUAAUGAGCCCCAUAACUUUCCCCUUUAAAUAAGUAACCAUAACUUUCUUUUCACAAGCAAAAUAGAACCAAUGAGGAGGGGAUGUAGUUUGAAGCUUUUUGCCUGGAGGAGAAGAACCAUAUCAUUCUAGUAUAUUAAAUGACUAGUUUGGAUAUGGGGGAUGAAAACCUGAGACAUCAACCUGUGAAGACGAUCCUGAAUAAUAAGUGUGAAUGGUGUUGCUGCUGGACUUGUUCUGCAGAGUGUCUGAAAUGAACCUCUCUUAUUGAUUGUGUUUAUUGCCCCAGAGCCAAGAGUACUGGAUUCAGUUGACUUCAGGAUAAAAAGGGAACAGUCUUGUUUAUCAUCAUAAACAUAUGAACCAGUGUGAUGGUGAAAUGAGAUGAGGCUCCGAAAUGGAACUGUAGCCACUCUUUUAGCAUUUAUCACUUCGUUCCUUACUUUAUCUUGGUAUACUACAUGGCAAAAUGGGAAAGAAAAACUGAUUGCUUAUCAGCGAGAAUUUCUUGCUUUGAAAGAGCGUCUUCGAAUAGCUGAACAUAGAAUCUCACAGCGUUCUUCUGAAUUAAAUGCCAUUGUCCAGCAGUUUCGGCGUGUAGGAGCAGAAACCAAUGGGAGUAAGGAUGCAGUGAAUAAAUUUUCAGAUAAUACCCUAAAGCUAUUAAAAGAGUUAACAAGCAAAAAAUCUCUUCAAGUGCCAAGUUUUUAUUAUCAUUUGCCUCAUUUGUUGCAAAAUGAAGAAAGCCUUCAACCUGCUGUUCAGAUUGGUAGUGGAAGAAAAGGAGUUUCAAUAGUAAUGGGAAUUCCCACAGUGAAGAGAGAAGUUAAAUCUUACCUCAUAGAAACUCUUCAUUCCCUUAUUGAUAAUCUGUAUCCUGAAGAGAAGUUGGACUGUGUUAUAGUAGUCUUCAUAGGAGAGACAGAUACUGAUUAUGUACACAGUGUUGUAGCCAACCUGGAGAAAGAGUUUUCUAAAGAAAUCAGUUCUGGCUUGGUGGAAGUAAUAUCACCUCCUGAGAGCUAUUACCCUGACCUGACAAACUUAAAGGAGACGUUUGGAGACUCUAAAGAAAGAGUAAGAUGGAGAACAAAGCAAAACCUAGAUUAUUGUUUUCUAAUGAUGUAUGCUCAAGAAAAGGGCGUAUAUUACCUUCAGCUUGAAGACGAUAUUAUUGUCAAACAGAAUUACUUUAACACUAUAAAAAAUUUUGCACUUCAACUUUCUUCUGAGGAAUGGAUGAUACUAGAGUUCUCCCAGCUGGGCUUCAUUGGUAAAAUGUUUCAAGCACCAGACCUCACUCUGAUUGUAGAGUUCAUAUUUAUGUUCUAUAAGGAGAAACCCAUUGAUUGGCUCUUGGACCAUAUUCUCUGGGUGAAAGUCUGCAACCCGGAAAAAGAUGCAAAACAUUGUGAUAGACAGAAAGCAAAUCUGCGAAUUCGCUUCAGGCCUUCCCUUUUCCAGCAUGUUGGUCUGCAUUCUUCACUAACAGGAAAAAUUCAGAAACUCACGGAUAAAGAUUACAUGAAACCGUUACUUCUUAAAAUCCACGUAAACCCACCUGCAGAGGUGUCUACUUCUCUGAAGGUCUACCAAGGACACACACUGGAGAAGACUUACAUGGGGGAGGAUUUCUUCUGGGCUGUAACUCCAGUAGCUGGGGACUAUAUCUUGUUUAAAUUUGAUAAGCCGGUCAAUGUAGAAAGUUAUUUGUUCCAUAGUGGCAACCAAGAACAUCCAGGAGAUAUCCUGCUAAACACAACUGUGGAAGUUUUGCCUUUUAAGAGUGAAGGUUUGGAAAUAAGCAAAGAAACCAAAGACAAACGAUUAGAAGAUGGUUAUUUCAGAAUAGGAAAAUUUGAGAAUGGUGUUGCAGAAGGAAUGGUGGAUCCCAAUCUAAACCCCAUUUCAGCCUUUCGACUUUCAGUUGUUCAGAAUUCUGCUGUUUGGGCCAUUCUUAAUGAGAUUCAUAUUAAAAAAGCCUCCAACUGAUCAUCUCCUAAGAAACCAGUACAUUUUUUUCCUGUGAAUUUGUUAAUUAAAGAUAGUUAAGCAUGUACCUUUUUUUUUUUUUUUUACUUGAACACUACCUCUUGUGAAAUCUACUGUAGAUGAGAUGAUUGUCAUUUCCACUCGGAAAGUGAGUCUCCCAUGGAUAUCGUGUUCAUUCGAACCUAUGCUGUCCUCCAGUUUUAACUUGACUCAAACAUUUUACAGUUACGACAGGCUGUUAAUAUGACUUGUACUAUUUUGGUAUUAUACUAAUACAUAAGAGUUGUACAUAUUGUUACAUUCCUUAAAUUUGAGAAAAAUUAAUGUUAAAUACAUUUUAUGAAGGGGGUACUUUUGAAGUUCAUUUAUUUUACUAUUAUGGACCCUCUUUUGUAGAUUAUCAGGGAUUAUAUAUAUAUAUAUAUAAAUAUAUAAAUAUACAUAAAAAUGUUAUGGAGUUAAUUUAUUAGAAACACUUAAGAAGUACAUAUUUUUGUGCGGUAAAUUUUUGAAUCAAUACUUUUUUUGGAAACCAGUUACCUUGCUUUUUUAAGUUCUUUCUAUAUUUUUCUUUGGAAAUGCAAACGUUACAAAUUAAUGCCAUUUUUCAAAUGCACUGCCAUUUAAGAAUGAUUCUAGACUGAUUUCCUAACUGAAGUACUUUUAUAAUUGCAGUGAUUGUGAACAAAAUAUUUUCAAAGGCAUUUGCCAUUCUUUAAAGCCAAGAUUUUAAAGACCAAUGUCCUUCUUGAGAGUUAUUUUACUAAACUGUGUAUGAUGUACAGCCAAAAAAUAAGUCUGAUAAAUUUUAAUGUGCAGGGUGAUGCUUUCAACCCAAAUUAUCAUAGACGCAACUGAUGACAUUUCCUCUGAUCUGUAGGAUGACAGACUGUUUUUAAUUUUUGUCUUUAGUUCAUGAGUUAGAUGCAUUAUCUCUUUUCUUGUUGAUCCUUUUAUAUCUGCACUCAUUAUAUGAGUUGUGACAAAAUGUUUUCUAGGUAGUGCUGUUGUAUGAGUCAUAAUUGGUUUAAAGAAAAACAAAAUUGUGAUACUGGUUUUUGUUGAAAGGUAUUGUAGCAGCUGUAUGUUUUUCCACAAUGAUUUAUUCUAUUGUGUUUAUGAACUUAUAAGUAAAUUUGUAUCCAAAAAGAAUAUUUAUUAGUCUUAAACAUGCAAUUCCAAAUGAUAUUACUAUUAUAAACAAAAAUAUUAUUAGCCUUAGCAGUCAGUGAUCUUUACAAAAGUAUUUCACUUUUAAAAAAUCCUGAAUUAUCAGCCUCAGUGCCCAGCCAGUCUGGUGUGCCCACGUGGGUUGCUGCUGAUUCACGUGUGCGUAGAGCUUGAUCCCUGAGCUUUCCGAGUAGCCAGUUGUGAGGCCUUGGGCGUGGAACUUACAGCUGGCUGGCUAGCCUGGAGGAGCUUCCCCUGGCUACCAUGAUGCGGAACAGAGAGCUUCUGAACAGCAGCAUUUUCCCUGCAGUGUUAUGAAGUGAAAAGGUCUGGAGACACCAAUAGGGUACAGUUAUUUCCAUUACGCCAUAGGGGAAUAAUUUUUAGUUACUUUUCUUGCUUAGAAAGUUAUGUAUUGUCAAUAAUGAUUUUUAUGUCAAAGUCCAGUUAAAAUUUUCUUUGAGGUUUUUAAAUUUGCUUUUCAUUUUCUUUUUAUUUUCUUUUCAAAUUCUUUGGCUUAGUGCCUAUAGGCAGAUUUCAUUGGAAAAGAAAAACCUUCCAUAUAAAAUUUUAGCACCAGCUUAACAUACUAAAUUACUGUUGUAACCACUAAGUAUCUGGAGGUGGAUUUGCUUCCUAAGUAGCCAACUCUCAUUUCAGGAAGAAAGGCUAUGCUCUGAAAAUGUAGGGGGUGACGGUUACUGCAGCUCCGUGCCAUUUGUUGGGGCUUCUCAGUCUUUAGACUGAGUUUAUCUAGCCAACUUUUUCCUGUGUUCAUGCUCAGUCUCCCCUCCCGGACUUAGCUCAUCCCUCCUGUUCUUGAGAAUACUUUUAGCCAAAUCUUAUCCAUCUUUCAAGGACUCUGUUGUGCACUCCUCCCCAUGAAUGUGUUUCCAGUGCCUAGUAGUGCCAAGAAGAGUGCCUGUCACACGGGAGAAGCCCAGUCUGUGUCUGGAUGAGGGGACCAACUGUUCCAGCCCACAUUCCUCUUUCUUUUUCUUAACUCCCUUUACAUACUUCCAUAGCCACACACUUACACACACACUCAGCUCUCUAGUUUUUGAUUGUCUAUCAGGAGUGUGUGUGUGCCUGUGUGCACAUGUACGUGUGUGUUCUCUCUCUGACCAAACUUCACGCUCCUGAGGGCAAGCCUGUAACUCGUACUUCUUACCUGUCCUCCGCCGCAGCAGGUGCUCCUAUGCUCUCAUUGGUAGUUGCCCUCUCCUUCCCGCCCGCUUCUACACUAGACAAUUAGAAGCAGCCAUGCUUUCCUCAAGCAAGAAGUUCUCAUGGUAGCCCUUAAGAGCAGUGGUAGGGAGUGAAGUAUUGGGACAAAUUAGAGGAGGUGAAGAGUACCUGGAACUGAGAGAAAGUAAAUACUUGACCUUGAGAGGACACUGAACCACUUUUGCCAAGAGCGAGUGGGAAAAAGUGUCAAAUGGUGGGACUAAUUAUUUAUUUACACACACUCACGUAUAUAUGGCAUGGUUUAGCUUCUGGUAUGUAUUUCACGUAAACUGUUUAGACUCUAGUGCUGUGCUGUCCUGUACAGUAGCCGCUGACACACACUUCUCAGCCACACUAGCUACAGUUCAAGUGCUCAGUAGCCACAUGUGGCUAGUGGCUGCUGGAUUAGACAGCACAGAUAGAGAACGUCUCUCAUUGCAGAAAGUUCUGUUUGACAGAGUUGAGGCAACAGUGCUAAUAUGAACAUUUUAGAAACCAGGAUAACUCUGAUUAUGAGGUUAAAAGCAGACAUGCAGAAUAUAUCAUAAUGCAAAUGAUGAUGAGUAUUUUGGGUGAGAAGAAAAGGUUGAGGACCUAUUUCUAGGAUUCUAAGAUCCAAAAUUUCUCAGUUCUUUAAGUCUCAUGCCUUCUUUAUAGCAUGCACCAUACCAUACUAUCUAGUCAAAAACGAGCAACAAUUGCAGGUAGUGUGACUCAAGAGCUUUAGAAAAAGAGAAUGCAAAUGGCUUAUUAGCAUACAGGCUAUAGACACGUAUGUGUAUAUUAAUUCAAUCAUUGGCGAUGCCUUUGAACAAAGGUAUAGCUUUUCAAAUCAGUGGUUGUACCAGUAAAUAAUUAGAAGGUGGUGUUGUUUUAAAAAGCUUCAGUAAAAUUCUGAAGGCUUCUUUUAAGUCCAUCAUAAUGAUGAAAAAAGUUGUCUCCCAGCAAUGCUGUCCUCAGAAACAGGCUUGGUUAUAUGGAAACAGCAUGUUGGGAGAGACUGCUCUAAUUAAAAGCAGUGUAUAUUUUUAGUAGCCAGAAUUCUAUGAAUGACUCCCAAUUGUAACCAAACUCAGUGGGUUUGUCUCUUCGUGAGUACGGAGCUGAAAAGCACAGCCAAGGCUGAAGUGGGUGAAGAAAACAGCUUCUUGCUUACACAAGCAAUGGAGAACACCCGAGACAGCUCCCAAAGCAGUGCCCUGCCUCCCCAAGCCUGGUGCUGGUGUAGACUUUAUACACAAGAGUGCAGAGGAUAUCUUACACCUGUGUAACAACUGGGCUCCAUCAGGGCGCAUGUGCAGGCUAUUAUGUAAUGAGUUCAGUGUAACAUGUCAUUACGAACGAGGUCAGGGUACCCUGACAUAACAGGUUCAGUGCAACAUGCCACUACAUAACAGGGUCAGGGAACAUGGCAUUACAUAACAGGUCCAUGGUAACUUUUGGACGCUUGGAGUGGGAGCAAUUUGCAAGGGUCUUGCUGCAACCUAGUAAGUUUCACUGUAAGAAGGCAACAUCUGCAAAACAGGGACAUCAACCUCCGAAAAACAGCACAUUUAGUUUUCUCCUUGUCUGGAAAGUAUUUGACAGACCAUGUUAGUUACUGAUCAGAUUCUCAGUAAGCCUUUCCUUGCCUGGUUCCCAGUCACAAAUUCUUCCUGAGAUGUUUUACUCUUCAUUCUGGAGGGAUACGGGACGGUGUUCAGUCUUCCAUAACUGCUUCCUGCUGAUCCGGGUCGUUGUCAGGGGAGUUAGACGACUAAAACUCUCGCACUGCCAGGCCAAGAUCAGUUUCAGGGCUGUCUGAGGAGUUCUGCAAUAGUCGGUACCGUCAUAGAACCUUCGUCUGUAACUUGAAUUGUUCCAACCAAGAACUAGCAAAUCUAACAUUAAAGAUCCAUGGGCCAAAAAUUAAUAGUAACAGAAGAAGUACAAGGGGGCCGAUCAAAGGCAAGAACCAGGUUGCAGAGGGAAUGGCCUUUUUCACAGCCUCCCAUACCUCUGUGGCUGUACUACCUUUCUGAUUAAAGCUGUGUAGCCAUGUAGCUUGGUCAAAUGUUUCCUUAAUAUUCACCUCAACUCCCCCUGCGGUAUUUACCCAUGUACAGCAGGAAGUUUUAGUUCAGUCAGCAGGUAACCCAAGGCCAUUCUGUUGUCCAGCCCCAUGUUGGCUAGUGAAUCUAAGGAUACUCCUAAGUUUUGCAGUGUUUUUCCUGUAUUCCUGGCCAAUGUUUCAAGAGAUUUAGUUAGGUUCCUUAGGGUCAUUUCAUGGUAUAUGAAUCCUCCCCAGGGAGUGGCCAGUCCCACUGUUAAUCCAGUUCCUGCCAAGAUCAAUCCAGUAGCCCUUUUCUCUCUGGGAUGGUGUUGGAUGUGGUUGUGCACUGUUAUACCUGUGGGACCCAUCAUUCCCAUUGUACAUUGUCCCACGUGUUGUGGGGAGCCGCAAAGGAAGACGUGUCCUGGAGGUGCAUAGGCCUGUCGGGGCGCGGUACUGUUAAACCAGUUGAGUAAUGUAAGGCCCCAACCGGGGGCAUUGUCUGUGCACCUGAGAGAUAACGGUCCCCCAUGAGUUAAGUUGUAUUUUAUGGGGCCUGUGGGUACCCUUCCAGCUACCCGUGGAGACAGAUAAGUGAGAUCCCAGGAUCUGAGUGGCCUUUGCCUUUGGAUUCCUGUCCAGAAUUUGCCCUGGUUUAGAAAGGUUUCCCUUGGGCGUUAUACAUACCUUUCAGUUUUAGGGCACCAGUCAGUUUCAUUUGGGCUGCAGGAUUGGGUAAUAUUAAAAGCGAUGGGGUACAUAGAAGAUUGGUUUAUGUUGCCCUUUGCUGGUAAACAUCGGUGACAGGUUUCAUUAAUUGAAGUGCGGUUCAGAUACAUCACCCCCUCAGGGCCAGUGAGCUAUGUUACUAGGGUAAGAUUUAAACAUUUUAGGUUUAUGCCUGAGGAGCCCAAUCUACUACAAUAGAAGGGGGUCUGCUAAAAGCCUUUGGGGUUCUUUCAACGAGGCUAAUACUGGGUUCUGAUUGUAUACAGUAAGUGACAGGCCAUCAGCUUUUGGUUUGGGGGUGCCUAUGGCAUAGCCAGCAUAGGGACAAUCCAUUACCCUUUGCUGUGAUUCUAGAAAGGUGCACUAUUGGGUUAGUUUCCUAGGGAAUUAAAAGGGUCUGUGUUAAUGCCCUUUGUGAAUAAUGGUAGAUAAGGAUAAGCUAUAAUAAUAACAACCCGUAGACUUAGGCGUUACUUACCUCCGGGUCCUUGGCACCCUUCUUGAACAGGAACUUCAGGUCUGAUGUUGGCUCACAGGAAUAGGAGUUGGUGGGAACGGUGACAGUUUCUGACUUUUGAGCUUGUUUAACCGGAGUAUGGUGGAUCCAAGGGUCCGUACCUUGCAGUUUAAGAGAAGAGUGAGUGGUUAGUAAGACCAAAUAAGGUCCUGUCCAAAUGGGUUUAAGCUGGUGCUGGGGGGACCCAGACAUUCAGGUUUUCAGGUACACCCACUCCCCUGGCUCACAGGGAUGAAGCUUUAUUCCUGUAGGGGAAGGGAGGUCCAGAUGGAUGUGUUUAUGAAGGUUCGACAUCACCUGCCCCACGUUAAUUAUGCGCUUUACAGCUGGUUCGAUCUCUUUGUCAGGGUGCAUUGUUGAGCCUGUAUCACCUGGAAAGGCCCUUCCAUAGGGCACCUCAAAAGGUCUUAGCUUAACCUUCCUUUGGGAGCAGCCCUGAUGUGUCAGGGCAGUGGGCAAGAGCUGCAGCCCGUUGUCCUGGGCCUCUUGGCAGAGCUCAGCCAAAGUGACCUUCAUGGUGUGGUCGGUUCUUUCAGUUUUCCCCGAAGAUUGAGGUCUCCAGGCUGCGUGCAAUUUGCAUCGUAUUCCCAGUGUUCCAGAAACUCUGGCAACUUCUCUUGAUAUGAAAGCAGGGCCAUUGUCACUUUGGACUGACCUAGACAGUCCAGACCUUGGGAUGAUUUCUUUUAUCAGGCCAUUCAUCACUUCCCCUGCCUUUUCUGUUCUGCAAGGAAAGGCUCCCACCCAUCCAGGAAUGGUGUCUACAGAACCCGAGAGAUACCUAAGCCCUCCGGGUGCAGUUGGCAUAACCGUCAAGUCCACCAGCCAGUCUGCCCCCCGCCGGGUUCCCCUGGACUGUACGGCUCUUGCCGGCGGUGGUAUUGGUGGCCUGGCGUGUACAUUGUUUUGUCGGCUGUGUACCAUUGCUAUGUUAACUUGUCUAUUUCCUUUAAGCCCAGAGUUUUUAUUCUGCCAGAAGCCAAUUACACAGUUUCUUUCCCAUGGUGAGUGGAAUUGUGAGUGACCUUUCUCGUGGUCCAGGCUGUGUCUCUGAGUAGCCAGACCUUUCCCUUGCUGUCCAUCACCAGCUUCCUUGAGAGAGGAGAGGUUUGGAAACUUGCCCUCUCAGCUUCCUCUCUUUCUUCUGGGGUGUUUUUGGGGUGAAUUCAUAGAGGGGUCGAGAGGGAAUGAGGGCCGGUUGGAGAACCUGCUGUGUGAAGGCUGCUCCUGUGGCCGCUGCAUCAGCCGAGUGAUUUCCCAGACCCGCCUCCGACUCCCGCUUCUGACAUCCUCAGCAGUCGACAGCCGCGGCCUCCAUGGUUCACUGACUGCCGAAUUAGACUGAGAACCUCCCUUCCUUGUUUAAUUUCUUUACUGUCGGCUGACAACAGACCUGUUUCUUUCCACACGGCCCCGUGAGCAUGACUAACAGAGAAGGCGUAUUUGGAAUCAGUCUAGAUGGUCACAGUUUUCCCUUUUCCCAGUUCUGAGGCUUCUGUCAGGGCAGGAAGUCCUGCCUUGCGUGCUGAUGUUCCUGGGGAGCGCGCCCUUGCUUCUCUGGUGGCGGAGGGAAACCACGGCACAGCCUGCUCGGCGUGGACCAGUAACAACAGAACUGCUUCCAUCUACAGACCACACGUCCUCUGCGUUCUGCAAAGGGUCACUUCGGAGGGCUUUCCUGCUUGAACGUGCCUGAUCCUCUAGCUCAGAGCAGUCGUGCACCAGAGGCUCCUGUGACACAGGAAGCCAGGUGGCUGGAUUUAGGACCUGGUGAGGCUUUAACACUAGCUGAGGAGUGUCCAGCAGCGUCACCUGAUACUGCAGUGUUCUGCCGCUCCUGAGCCAGUGGUGUCCUCUCGUUUCCAAAACAUUUGAAACCUGCUGUGGGGUCCACACAGUUAGGGGCUGCCCCAUAGUAAGUUUUGAUGCCUCUUUAAUUAACAGGUGGGUAGCUGCCACAGCCCACAGGCGAAGCUACCAGCCUUGAGACACGGUGUUCACUUGUUUUCAAAAUAGGCCACCACUCUCUUGAAAGGUCUUAGUAUUUGAGUGAAUACUCCGAAGGCCUCUCCUUGUUUUUCGUGCACAUAUAAAUCAAAACAUUUAGUUAAAUCAGGUAAAGCCAAGGUGGGAGCGCUCAUGAGAAGCUCCUUAGUCAUUGGGGGCCUGUUCGCAUUGUCUGUCCCACUCAAAGGGACUGGUUUCUUGCCCCAACAACUUAUAUAGAGGAUUUGCCAUUAGUCCAAAAUUAAGAAUCCAAAUGCAGCAGAAACUCGUCAUUCUCAGAAACCCUCAUAAUUGUUUCCUGGUGGUUAGAGGGGCAAUUGGUAAAUGGCUGAUUUCCUUUUUUUAGAGAAGGCUGCGUUGGCCUUGUGAAAUUAUGAACCCCAGAUAUUUCACAGUUUCCUUAGAUACUUGUGCCUUUUCUCUAGAGACCGUAUAACCGCCUUCAGCUAAAAAGUUCAGGACCACAACCGUGUUCCUGUCAGAGUCCUCCUUUGUGGGGCUGGCAAUAAGGAUAUCAUCCACAUCUUGCAAUAAAGUCCCACAACUUAAUUUUAAGUGUCUUAAGUUUCUACCCAGGAUUUCUGCAAAAAUGGUUGGGGAAUUUUUAAAUCCUUGUGGCAACACAGUCCAACAAUAUUGCUGUUUUUCAUGAGUCCCAGGAUCCCCCCAGUCAAAAGCGAAUAAUUCCUGGGACUCAGGGUCCAAAGGGAGCAGAAGAAAGCAUCCUUUAGGUCCAGAACAGUGUAGUACUUACUAUCUCCAGGCAAGUUUGCCAGGAGGGUAAAUGGGUUCGGGACUGCUGGGUGAAUGUCCCUGACUGCCUCCUUCACAGCUCCGAGGUCUUGUACAAACUGGUGUUCUCCCAUUCCGGCUUUCUUAAUAGGCGGGAUGGGGGUGUUGCUGGGGGAUCUGCAAGGCCUUAUUAAUCCUCCCCUCAAAAGCCUGUUCAGUUCAUGCAGAGUUCUAGCUGAAGCCUCAGGUUUUAGAGGGUAUUGUUUUACCCGAGGCCGGUGGUCACUCUGCGUCAAGUCUACCCUAAUAGGCUGGGCGUUAACAGCCCGUCCCACCUGCCCUUGCACCCAAACAUUGGCGUCAGCCUGAGUUAAAGCAUUUCCCGGAAUGUCCUCAGUUAGGUUGGUCGGCUCAUGGAGGAAGGCCACAAAUUCUACUCCUCUUUUCCGGGAACCUGAGCUUUUAUUUUGUCCUGCUGCAGACUUUUGGUGGCCCCCAAUUUUGCUAACAGAUCCCUCCCUAACAAGGGAAUUGGAACUCUGGGUACAUCUAAGAGGGGGUUUUCACACUUUGGAACCCAUUUCACACGUCAGAGGCUCUCGGAAAUGCUUUGUUUCUCCUUUUCCUGAUACCCUUUUUAUAUACAUUCCCUUUUGGAUAAAGUGCCGUUUUUAGUGAUCAAAACAGAGUGCAUGGCUCCCGUAUCAAGCAGGAACUCGAUGUCCUCUCCUGCAGUAUCUAAAGUAACCUGGGGCUCCUCGGAGGAAAGUUUGAGAGCCGCAGGGGGAGCCCCUUGGCCUUGUCAGUAUUCCUCUCCAGUCGGGGGUAUCUGGAAGGAAUUGGGCUUGUCUGGCCUCUUCCCUCUCGGGGAGGGUGCGGGCAUUCCCCUUUCAGGGUCCCUCCUGCCUGCAGUAGCCACGUCCAUCAGGCCUCAGCCCUACAGGCCCCUUUGUGGUCCCGCAUCAGGGCCGGGGCACUCACCGUGGUGAGUUCUUCCUUCCUCCCGGGUCAGCUGGAGCAGACUGCGGCUUGACCUCUAGCAAGGUUGCCUGCAUCUUCAUCUUCUUUCUUUCCUUUUCCUCUUCUGCCACAUCCGGUUGUUGAAGACCUUAGAGGCAGUCUGCACCCACAGGGAGGGUGGGUCUCAGGACCAAUGGCCAAAUUUUGGAGUUUCCUCCGGAUACCAGGGGCACCUGAGACAUGAAAGAGGUUCCCAGCACUGUUGGGCUGCCUUCACUGUCAGGGUUCCAGGGGAGUAUUUUGAAGGCAUUCCCUCAGUCUUUGCAUAAAGGCAUCUGGCCUUUGCUGAAUUUCCCUUAAUUUAUUCCAGUUAACAGGGGUUUUCCUGCUUAGCAGCCUCCAUCCUCUUCAAGAGUGUGUUUCUAGAGUGUUCUAAGGCUGCCUUGCCCCCGCUCUAUUGGGAUCCUGGUCUGGGUCUGUGGUCGGCACUGACUGGUCAGCCACUUGCCAAAUCUGGUGAUUGGGCUGAUUAGCAUGUUGUUUAUCUGCCUUUUUUCUGGCUUCAGCCAAAACUGCUGCUUUUUCUUCUCCCCUCAUGGGGGUUGACAGGAGAGUCUGUACAUCAGCCCAAGUGGGGCCGUGAGUGGAGACUAUCCCCCUCGUUAAAUUGAGGAGCUCUCCAGCGUCCGCCUGCAGACCCUGGGACUGUGCCUUCCAGUUGUAAAGGUCCGAGGUGCUGAGUGGCACACACACGUUUGUAGGUUCCCAUCCCCAGCAGAGACCUGGCAUAGGGGGAACAUUCCAGUUUUCCUUGGAUCGUAACAAGUCCCGUGUCUGGCGGUGCUGUCGGCAAGGGAGGGGAGAAGGGUUUAGGAGUGGCAGUGGAUGGGGGCGGCUCCUUAGGAGCAGACUUCUGACUAGGAGGGUGAGGGGGCCCCAGUGGAGCCUGGGCCAGGGGAGCAGAUGGCGUUGCUUCCCUGCCCCGUGUCCUAGUGAGUGGAAACAGGUCCUCAUAGUUUGGAGGAUUUUCUAGCACCAGGAAGGUAUUCCCUUUUGGGGCAGGUUUAGUCUUAAAUUUGGUCAAUUUGUGUGUUUGCGGUAGUGCCUCAUGUUGAUGUAAAGCCUUGAAGCAUUGUACACAGGGAAUUUCUUCCCUUUUCUUUUACCUUUUGCAUGAAAAGUCCAGUUAUAAGAUGGUAUUAGAUUUCAGUGACCCAUUUUCCGGCUGCCUUUCCUGAUUUCCUAAAUUGUAUUUGGGCCAAGCCAAGUAUUACAAAAGAAUAUCCUCCUUUGUUUAGUCAUGGGAGUACGUCCAAAUAACUGCCAGCGAUGGAGGAGGCACCUAGCUCGCUCUCCUUUGGUAUGGCUGUUGUAUUGCCCAUGCUGGCAUUACAGAUUUGUUUCUAGUUCCUCAGGGGCAGUUAGUAGACACACAAAUCCUGUCUUUCUAACCUAGAUGUACCUAAAAGACUUUCCUACCAGUAUCAGAGCUCUCUAGCAAUAUCAUACACACACACACACACACACACAGGGGGCUCAGGGACGGACUGCUGAGCCUCCCUGCCCGGAACUCGGAGCUGCCCGUGGAGAUCUCUCCCUAGGUUACAGAGGUUUCCUCGGUCAGGUGUCCCUGAGCAAACUCCCCUUCAGCCAGGACAGAGAUGUCCCAGACCUGUAGCUGCUGCAGCCCUGCCACUUAGGACAGAGAUGUCUUGCAGUCUUCCAGACUUUUACCUGCUUUAGCCAGAACAGAAACCAAACCCGGGAACCAGAAUCUGCACAGUUUGUACCCAAAACUGUUCUUCACCCAGUUCAAGACUCUUACAGCCGAUGCGUGGGUCUGGCACCAGUCACCACUCCAGGAGCACUCCCAAACACAGUGGUCCAGUGCAGCCACUGAGUUUGUCCAAGGGGGCGGCAGUGCAGGGCCAGCAAGUCAGGCGCCAAGGAGCCCCUCCCUUCACCCUUCUCCAAGUCAUUAGUGGCAUAAGAGAGUUAGCCGGAGCCAGCUGCUGCUGCCCAUUGCUUCCCCUGUGGAGGCUGUGACAAGGGUAUCAGGCUUCAGAGAAGUCCCAUCUGGGUCACCAAAAACUGUAACCAAACUCAGUGGGUUUGUCUCUUGGCGAGUGCAGAGCCAAAAACUACAGCCAAGGCUGAAGUGGGUGAAGAAAAAAGUUUAUUGCUUGCACAAGCAAUGGAGAGCACCCAGAAUAGCUCCCAAAGCAGUGUCCGUCUGUGCCCCCACAACCCCUACUGCCCAGCCUAGUGUCCGUGUAGACUUUAUACACAAGAGUGCAGAGGAUAUGUUACACCUGUAUAAACCACCGGGCUCAAGCAGGGUGCAUGUGCAGGCUAUUACAUAACGAGUUCAGUGCAACAUGCCAUUACAUAACGAAGUCAGGGAACAUGGCUUUACAUAACGUGUCCAUGGUAACUUUUGGACACUUGGAGCAGGAGCAAUUUGCAGGGCUCUUACAACCUUGUAAGUUUCACUGUAAGAAGGCAACAUCAACAAAACAGGGACAUCAACCUCUGAAAAACAGCACAUUUAGUUUUCUGCUUCUCUGGAAAACAUUUGACAGACCGUGUUAGUUAUUGAUCAGAUUCUCAGUAGCCCUUGCCUUGCCUGGUUCCCAGUCACAGUGACCUUCUAUGAUAUCCUCGUGUGGGUGGAACCUGUGAAUAUGACCUCUAACUAUGUUAUACACCCAAACAGAGAUUAUCUGGGGGCUGCUAAUCUAAUCAUGUGAGGACCUGAGAGGAGAAUUUUCUCAGGCUGGUGGCAGAAGUCAGUAACUCAAAGCAGAAGGACUCAAGGCACCACUGCCGGUGUAAGAUGGAGGAGGCCCGUGAGAAGAAGUGCAGAUGGCUUUAAGGAGUGGAGAGAGGCCUCAGCCGACAGUCAAGGGAAAGGGAACUCCAGUCCCACAGCCACAGGAACCGAAUUCAGCCAACAGUCUGAAUGAGCUUGCAGGUGGGUUCUCUCUCUCCAGCAGAUAAGAGCCCAGCCCCUACAACACCUUGAUUCCAGCCUUGUGAGACCCUAAGCAGAGAACUCCAUCAAGCCUGUCUGGACUUCUGGCCCCCAGAGUUGUGAGAUAAUAAAGGGGUGUUGUUUUCAGCUACUAAAUUUGUGGUGAUUUGUUAUGCAGCAAUAGAAAAUGAAUACAAUAUUUAAAAGAGGUGAAGAGGAAAAGUCUUCUUACUUGAUUCCCUCUCAUAUGUUGGACAUUUCUUGAUAAACAAACACACGAAUAAAGUGUUACACUAGCAAAUCAUAUCCCUGGGCCUCAUCUGGGAUUUCUCUGCCGGAGAUCUCACACAGUCUUCAUUGGAACUCAGUUGGCAAAAACCUGCAGCAUCUUAUUAGUGUCCCGUAAAGGAACUGCUAGAAUGAGAUCGUAGGAGUAGCAUCCCAACAGUGGAUAUGGAAUCUUUUUCUGGAAGAGGUAUUACGUUAUGCUGAUUCAGUCUGCUCUGAGCCUGUCAGUGUAUUAUUUAAGAAUAAUGAACAGUGUUUUUUAUAGAUGAAAUAUUAAGAGAAAAAAAGAAGUCUGCCUUUAUGUAGAAAUCAUAUAAUCUGUAUUGGACUUAAUUUUUUCUAAACCAAAACUUAUUGUCUGAGCACAGAUCAGAUCCUCUAUGUGCCAACCAAAUUUUUGUAGUUUGCGACUUUCAAAAAUACCUCUCUGCUUCCAAAACAUAAAUUGCUCAUGAAGCUUUUUAUUUUGGUUUGUCCAAAUUUUUGUGCUUAUUUUUACUAUAUUGCCAUAGCAUUUAUGUAAGAAAAGUAGAGCUGAAGGAAAAGAAAAUGAGGCUAAGACUGUCAAAAGGUCAGAAAUUUGAUUCAUAAUCCUACCUUAGUGUUCUAAGGGAACUUAGCCAAUUUCUUUAUAGAAAAGGAAACUUUUGCAAGCUAUGUAGCAGUAUGUAUAGUGUGUGAAAUUGUUUGAUAGUUGUAAAAUUUUUUAAUAAUUAUUAAUCCUAACAUAUAUGCCAUGCUAACUGGUGUGCUUUAUUUCUUUAAUGUAUGUGAACAUGCACUGCUGUAAAGACGACCGCCCACAGUAUUAUUUUAAAAAGAUAUGUUAGGUAUCACCAAUACCUCUAUAUAAACUUUCCUCUCCUUACCUGAGACACUCCCGCCACCGGUUUGGGCACUAACUAGAUCAUUUUCAAAGGCACCAACAAGAAAGAGUUGGCACUCCAGAGCGUGUGUGAGUUGAAAAGUUAGAAGUCAUUGUUCAAGAAAGUCAACUGAGUGUUUAAUGGAAAGCACUUUGUGCCAAGCAUCAUUCCCACUGUUAACUUUGCAGUAAAAAUGUCAAGAACAGUGGUGCUAAAAUUGUUCUCAAAUAAGGAUUGUUUGUUGUGGGGACUAUUUAAUACUCUUGGGCCUUAGGGAGGCUAUUUCAUGUGUCAGUUGCUCCUAGUUGUUUCCUGGUAUUAGUAAUUAGCAAACUGCUCUGGAAUCAAAGGUUUGGUUCUUUAGUUUGAUUAGCAUUCUGUUAUUUGAAGUGCUGUUUGCUGAAAUUAGGGGAAAAUGCCUUUCACAGACAUCCUCUCCGAGCCUUACACACGGUUGCUACAGGCGUAUGGACAGCACUCUAAGGUGCACUGCCAGCAGAUUCGAUACUUUUCAUUUCGCCAGAGAGGAAUGUCUUCUAAGAAAGAUUUAGGAAUCAGCUGAUCGAAGGUAACAAUUGUUUCACUUUUUUAUGGAAUGAAAAACUACAGUGUUUCUCAUCGACAACACUGUUUGGAGAGGUUGUCGUGUAUUUGGGGAUGUUUCUGGAAGCACCCCUUGGAGAAGCUCCCCGAGGAACUGCUUCUCCAGGUUGUACCAGAUUGUUUUUCUCCUUAAAUGUAUUGUACGUGUUUUCCUCACAAUGGCUUCACUGGUUGAAUGAGUAAUAGCCGUAGUAAUAUAGUUUAGGGCCCUGUUGGAUUUUUAAAGGAAGAUUAUUUAUUUUCAAAUUUGCUGCUAUAAUUGAAACCUACUAACUGGUCCCGUUCACUGUGCCUUUCAUCACCGUUUCUCUGUGCCACAGCCGUUCAUGUGUAUUUGAAAUAAAGGUGUAAAAAGCCAUGUUGAAUUCAAGAUUCCUUCUAAUAAAAAUAGGUAAAACGUAA